CAAGUAACAUGUUGACUCCUCUCCCGUUGUUUUUGUUGUUUUUCGAGCGUAUCUCGCUAAUGGCAGUUGUAUGAUAAGAAAAUUUUUCAGCUAAUUCAGUGUUCAACGUUUACGUCUGCGUCUGGAAAUAUUUGUGGUGUUUGCUGUUUUUUGUUCAUCCAAGUGAAAAACGUGAAUAUAAAUCUUGCUAGUGAAAAUGAAUCGUUCGAAGAACAAAACACAGCGAAAAUCCGGUCCCAAAGCGACAAAAGGAAAAGGUGGCAACCUUGUUCCUACGGAAAGUAAUCAAUCGGGUGCAAAACCAUUCGAGCCAUCCCAAAGUAAACCAACUUUACGGGGUAACAAAAAUGAUAAAUUCAAAGACGUACAUGCGAAGGUUGAUUCAGGUCGUCAUUCCGACCCAAAACAAGCAGCGACCAAGAAAGUUGAAAUUUCUGAGCCUCCACCCAAGCUCGAACGUGCCAAUAGUUUUUCCUUAACCCGCAAACUAUCACAAAUCUACAACAAACUCAGUGGGAGUCGUGAAUGUUUAGCCACCCCCAGCGAGGGGGCAGCUCAACCAUAUCAGUUUACUCGCAGUUUAAGCCUUUCGUCAAUACAACUUAAGAAAAACUACCGGAAAAGCCUUAAUGAGUCAAAUCUUAGUAGAGUUCACGAAGAUGCAAUUCUAGAGCAUACAGAAAGCAAUGAGGAAACGGAAAACCAUUCCCCUCCAACCCCAAUCGAACCGCCAAAAUUGGAACGAUCAAACAGCAUACUAGCCUCGUUUCGUCGAAAACUCAGUUUUCGUUCCGACAAAAAGCCAAAACUUCCGGCUAAAUGGAAUACUUCCUUGCAAAAUCUUCGCCAGGAAGAUUUCAUGGUUAGUUAUGACGAUUUGAGCUUUGUAGACUAUGACCAGUUCAACCAAUAUGAGGCUCACUUGGAACGGAAAUUAAGUAUUAGCCAGCGGGACUUAUCGUUGACUCAGCCUUCGAUAACGCAACGACCGCCAGCCACCGAACACCCCAUUGUGGAAGCUGCCAAUCCUCCCGUUAUCCGACGGAGGCAGAAAACCGAUCAUGAUCUUCGUCGAAAGAUGUUGGUACGGAAAAGUUUCGAUCUUGAUUGUAACUUUGACCUCGAUAAGAACCUGUAUCGUAACAGUAUCGACGAUGAAAAACUUAAGUUCCUUAGUAAAGUGAAUCGAAAAUCGUUUCGUUGGAGUGCCGACGUGGAACGUGACGUAGAUGCGCUUAAUUUGGACAGUCUGGAUCAACUGCCAGUGAGUGGAGUGAAACGAGCCUCCGAAGAGGCUGCGCAAUCUAUAUCAGCCGAGAAGGUAAUUGAUGUGUGUGACAGUGGCAUGAUUGAUGAAGAAGAAAGUUUGAAAUGUGAAAAUCUGAAGAACAAGCGGUAUAGUGUAAGUGUAGGAUACGUGAGCCGCAGUGAAAGUUUGAAGCGAUCGAGAUCUUGGAACGAUGCAGUGGAGUAUCUAUUGGAAUCCAAAAAGCCCAGUGAACAGUUGAAAUCAAGAAGCCUAACCCACCUAGAUAAGUUGGAACCUCAUAUAGCACCGCAAUCAAGCAUUCCGAUUGACUACCACCAACUGGAGAGAUGCAAAGUAUCCAGCUCCGAGUAUUUCUCAGUCUACUUCGAUACCAGUGAUACGAAUGGCUUCCAGGAUGAGAUCUUGAUACCGGCCACGAAAGGAGUCUGUCUGGCAGAUUCACUGCACUCUUCCCUGUCGCAGCGCAGCCUAAGCUUUUCCCAGAUCUGCGUCCUAGAUAAUGGAUUUAUCAACUCUCAAGAACUGGGUAUUCAGUAUGUGGGACCAUUGGAUGCAUACACUGAUAUAUCAAGUCUGGCUGGCCGCACGCUACUUGUUGCCGACAAGGAAAGCACCCCCCGUCAGCCUGGUGGUCACGCUGGCCUGCAGAAGGCGGCUUCUGUGGGCUACCGGUCAACGUCGAGCCGCCUGUUCACCUCUACUUCCACCGACGAAACCUACGAUCAAAGUCCGAAAGCAUCCUCCGCAUCAUCCAGUAAGCAAUCGAAGCAAAAAUGGACAAUAUCGUUCGGAUCGAAGGGACCACAAAAAUCAAAACUUUGUGAAUUGCUGGAUAGCUACAAUAAGGGAAUUCCAAAACUGACGUCUUCCGCCAGCAAUUUUGACAAACCAGAAUUUUUAGAAGCAUUAGACGGCCUUAAAAACUUACCUCAGUCAUGGACAGAUGUUGUUAACCAUGCCGGUAUGGGCGAAACGGAAACAAAAAUUCAAUCUGCCAUAUGGGAGUUGGUAACGACAGAAGUCUACUAUAUCCUAGCGCUGCAAACUGUUACAGAUCUAUUUUUGGCAUGCCUGGAAGAUAUUCAAUCGCACAGCAUCCUGACCGAUGUUGACCAGAAUAAAUUGUUUUCUAACAUACGGGAUAUUUGUGAAUCCAAUCUGAAAUUUUGGACCUAUUUUCUGUACCCAAUGGUAAAAGAAAGUGCGGAAACAAAACAGCCCAUGAGCGUUUGCAAGUUCAAGGAUGGCUUCAUUAAGUUCUCGGUUAUUUUUCAUCCCUACACCAAGUACUGUGCGGAACAGAGCACCUGUCAAUACUAUUGUAAAGAAUUGUACCAGAACAAUUCCCUGUUUAUGUCAUACUGUGCCUGGUGUGAGUCGCAGAAAAUGUGCAACCGCCUUCGACUUGCUGAUAUCUUGGUCCGUCCUAUGCAAAGGCUCACCAAGUACGGUCUGCUGCUGGUAGCAAUUAAGAAGCAUAUUGUCGGUGAGCAUGAGAGUGAAACGAUCGAUGAAAUGAUUCACUCGGUCGAAGAGUUCGUGGCCGGUGUAAACACCCAUCUAACCAACCGGCAAGAGAAUGAAAGACUGAAAGGGAUUAAUGCACGGAUUGAUUCCUAUGAGGUUGUCGACUCGAACAACGAGAACCUGGAUAAAAUGGUGAAGCACUACAGCACCAUGUUUGAUCUAUGUUUGCCGAUGCUGGGAACCACCGAAGGACGCAAACUGUUCCUGGAAGGAGAUCUGAAAUAUAAAGAUUGCCUCGGAAAGAUGGAUGUGCACUGUUUUUUACUUACCGACUUUCUGCUGGUGUGCAAGAAAAACAAACAUGAAAAUUUAAAGAUCGUUCGGCAACCCUACAUGACCGACAGGCUAACGGUGCAAAUCAAGGAGCAAACUCUGUACUGCUGCUAUCUGAACGAAUUGUCCUUGGUCGUAGCGGCUUUUACACUACAUUGCUCAAAAGCUCAAAGUUGGUAUGAUUCAAUCACCAAGGCCAAGCACAUUUACUCCCGACUGAAACUUGGUACUGCGUCAGAUAUGCGCCAAUACGGCACUAACAUUAGCAUAUGCAGUAUCAACAACAUCAACAGCAAUAUGAACAUCAACAACGAUAAUCUUAGCAUCCGAAAAUCGCCGCUCAAUAGUUCGAUAGGUAGUAGAGUCAGUAGUUUGAACAAUAGCCAUAGUGGGUCCGUGGAUCUGAACGAAUCCAAGCCCGUCUCCAUAGAUUUUGAAAAAGCGAAUUCACUAUCCAGUGACGAUGGUGCUAACGGUACCGCUUCUGCCGUUCAAGGGAAAUUUCCUCCCGGUGGUCAAUGGAAGCCAAAAUCAACUGUCACAACCAUGCUAACAUCAUCAAACUCGCUUACAGUGCAGCCAUUCAGUGCUUUGGGACAAAGUAUGCCCAAUCUAAAUCUUAGCUCUAUACCAAAUAACAACACUCUAUCAGUUCCGGGCACUUCUGGAAGCCACUCCCAUUCAGGUAUGGUUCUGUUAUCCCCUAGUCAACGAGGCAUAUCUUACCCACCACCAUCGCCGACAAGAGCAACCCUCCGGCGAGGAUUUGCUUUCUCAUCGUCGAUCAAGAAUCCACCGCUCAUUAAAACUCGCAACGUUGCAUCACAGCAAAGUUUCAUCCUCUCCCAGCAGCCCAGCUUCAAUUCGGCCACCCUGGGUCAACAUCAACAGUGCCUGCAAACGCCAUCGCCCGGUAGCUCGCCAAAUGUUCCGUUCAUCAAGCGAAAAAACAGCUUCCAAAGCCAAAGUCCAUCCGGCUCGAAUCAAGUGCAGGGUCAAAGUGCCGUUUUCGAUCCGAACAGCCAUGAAACUGAUGCUACCUAGUAUAAGCUUUUGCCCUCCGGGCGGAGGUAGGGUCCGCUUUAUCUGGUCACGUACUAUAGGAAAUAGCAUUUAUUUCUUCCCACCUAGCCUAGCCAGGCUGGUGCGGGUCCCACUUUGUGUCCUAUGAACAACCGUACUUUCUGUGGAAUUGUGGCACCUAUUUACUACAGUGCUAAUGUUGUUUGUUGUACAUAUUGAAAU